UCCUCCCAAGCAUGUGGGCUCAGCCAUACAUAUAGGCAGGGCCUCCCGGCCCUUGUUGCCACACCAUGCAGAGACCACCCCUCUCUCCGCUGGCUCUACUGCUGGUGACCCUACUGCUGGUGACCGCGGGGGCUGUGCUACAGGCCGAGACCCGCGGAGAAGAGCUCCAAAGAGCCACCAGCACCGGGGGCCUCAUCUUCCUGGAAGAUGGGGUCUGGCCUCCGAGCAUUCCCCCAGGGCCCCUGUGCCUGGUGACGCUGAGAGGCGUGGGCAACGCGAGCAGAGCCCCGCUGAGGGUGGUAGGGGGUCUGCACAGCUAUGAGCAUGCCUUCCUGGAGGCCGUUCGGGAGUCUCACUGGGGACCCCGAGACCUGGCCACCUUCGGAAUCUGCAGUUCUGACGCCCAGGCUACCCUGCCGGCGCUGCAGCGCCUUGGGGCCUGGCUGGGGGAGCCUGGGGGUCUGCAGGUGCUGGUCCUACGUCUGGAUGAAGUGAUAUGGGAGCCCACGCUCUUGCUGAAGUUCCAAGAGCCUCCACCCGGGGGAGCCAGCCGUUGGGAGCAGGCCCUGCUGGUGCUGUACCCUGGACCCGGCCCCCGGGUCACCGUCACAGGGGCUGGACUGCAGGGCACACAGAACCUCUGCCCUACUCCGGACACCCGCUAUUUGGUGCUGGCUGUGGACGUCCCUUCGGGGGCCUGGAGCGGCCCCGGCCUCGCCCUAACCCUCCAGCCACGCCGAGAAGGGGCCGCCCUGAGCAUCGGCCAGCUGCAGGCCUUUCUGUUCGGCUCUGACGCUCGCUGUUUCACACGCAUGACCCCCACCCUGCUGUUGCUGCCCCCUGCCCAGCCAGCGCCGCAGCCAGCGCAGGGCCAGCUGGACACCGUGCCCUUCCCGCCGCCCAGGCUGUCCCUGGAACCCGAGGAUCUGCCACACAGCGCCGACCCCUUCCUGCAGACCCUCACUCGCUUGGUGCGUGCCCUGCGGGGACCCCCGACGCAGGCCUCGCACACGCGUCUGGCCCUGGACCCUGGGGCGCUGGCCAGCUUCCCACAGGGCCUGGUCAACCUAUCGGACCCCGUGGCGUUGGAACGCCUGCUGGAUGGGGAGGAACCCCUGCUACUGCUGCUGUCUCCCACUGCGGCCACCGUGGGGGACCCCGCGCCGCUGCAGGGCCCGGCCUCUGCUUCCUGGGCCGCCGGCCUGGCACGCAGGGUGGCCGUGGAGCUGCAGGCUGCGGCCUCAGAGCUGCGGGGCCUCCCGGGCCUGCCCCCCGCUGCGCCACCCCUGCUGUCGCGCCUGCUGGCGCUGUGCCCAAACGACUCCCACAGCCCCGGGGACCCGCUGCGCGCGCUGCUGCUGCUGAAGGCGCUGCAGGGCCUGCGUGCCGAGUGGCGUGGGCGGGAAGGGCGCGGGAGGGCGGGGCGCAGCGCGGGGACAGCUACGGACGCGCCGUGCGCGCUGCGCGAGCUGAGCGUGGAUCUGCGCGCGGAGCGCUCCGUGCUCAUCCCCGAGACCUACCAGGCCAACAACUAAGGCGCCUGCGCCUGGCCGCAGUCCGACCGCAACCCGCGCUACGGGAACCACGUGGUGCUCCUGCUGAAGAUGCAGGCGCGGGGGGCCGCCCUGGGGCGCCUGCCCUGCUGCGUGCCCACUGCCUACGCCGGCAAGCUGCUCAUCAGCCUGUCCGAGGAGCGCAUCAGCGCGCACCACGUGCCCAACAUGGUGGCCACCGAGUGCGGCUGCCGGUGACGCCCGCCUUGCCCCUACUCAGCACCAAUAAAGAACAGCAAACAGCUGGGGUGUCUGUGGGUGGAGGGACCUCCUGUCACCUCCCUUCUCGAGUGCAAGGCCUGCACGCACGCGCGCGCGCACACACACACCCCGUGAG